GGUUCUACAAAAGAGAAGGGAGACAGUACAGCCGAGGAGUGCUGAGAGGCCGUACAAAUGGAACCAGCUGAAACCUGAGGACAUCCUCCACCAUAGAUUAGAGAAUACAGACGCAGACAACCCCGUGCUACUCAACCUACACUCGGCGGUGGCUCUGAUAGAUGAGGAGGUAGACCAGAUAAGGCUCAACUCUUCUGCCCAUCAUAAGGAGCGCCUUAAGCAGCACGUCAAAUUUCUGAAGAAAGCUGCUAAAGAUUUAUAUCGACGAGACCCUAUUACAUGUGAGCUGUGUAAUAUGACGGCUAACACCCCCCAGCUACUGGCAUCCCACCUUGACAUGCGCAAACACAGGGAGAGGGAGGAAGCUCUCGAAGAUGACGAGGACUGAGUGAUAAUCUCAAAGAGAAGAGAGGUGUAAAGCACUGUAGGUGAUAACAGCACGGAGACAGGGAAUAACCCUGGAUAAUGGUUACAACUCUACAACGAAAGACAGAGAUAACAGUAUAGUGAUAAUGGUGACAAAAUGGAUAACGAGAAUUUUGCAGGACUGGAAACUAGACACUUCUGUGAUUACGACAGUGGAACAUGAAUACAAAUGAUUUAUCAGAAAUCCAGUCUGUCACCUGCCACAUAUAAGCAAUGUGAUCUAGAAACCAGCUGUGGUGCUGUAUGUUUGAUACAAGUUGAUUUCGUUUCAGAUGUUCAGAACUACAAGAGCUAAGCUCUAGCUAUCUUGAGUACAUCUACACAGGAAUAGAUUAAGCUCAACGAUUGUAGAACUUCUACCCAGAUUUAACUCAUGCUGACUUUGAUUUCAAAAUAUCUUUAAGAAAAAGGCUGAUGUUGUUUCCUGCCUUGUGUUUUGCUAUCAACAUAUUUACCUUUGAUAUUUUAUGAUUUACAUUUUGCAUAACCAUUUAGUAUUGUUAAUAGUAGAAGAGGUGUUCCUAGCUUUAGAUUGACUCAGGGAAAAUGUCCUGUCUGUGAGGAGUAUUGUUUGGGAAAGCAAUUCAAUGUGAGAAAUGAUGGGAAAGACUAUGAUUUCAAUUUGCUCUGAUAUGUAAUUGGAAUUUAGAGUAAAGUAAAAAUCUCAUUAAAAUCCCUAUUUGAGUGCUACUGGCUCUGUAACAGCAUAUUCUUUGGCAAGUGUUUCAGUACUGUUAAACUAUGGGUAGGAACAUACCAAUCUACACUGAUAAAGCCAUAAUGUUUUUGUUUGUUGCAGUUUUGAUAGUUCCUGUUUAGUGCUACAUGUUACAUAUAUGUAAUAAAGAACGGUGAUGUCUGAUGCAGGUCAUUGAAAAAGGCGUAGAUGUGGACUAGUGAGAGAGCAGUGUUUGUUGAUGU